CGCAGAGAGGUGAGCUGGCUGACAGAUUCUUGGUGGUGGUGGCGGCGGCGGCGGCGGCGGCGGCUGCGGCGGCCCUGGGCUGCGGGGAAUGGGAGUUCUAGGGCCCUGACUGAGCACCGCCCCCGCCUCCCUGUCCGCGACAUGGCUCAGGAGAAAAUGGAGCUGGACCUGGAACUGCCUCCGGGUACGGGCGGGAGCCCGGCGGAGGGCGGCGGCACUGCCGGCGGCGGGGGCCUCAGGAGGUCUAACAGCGCCCCCCUGAUCCACGGCCUCAGUGACACUUCGCCGGUGUUCCAGGCCGAGGCGCCGAGCGCCAGGAGGAACAGCACGACGUUCCCGAGCCGCCACGGCCUGCUGCUACCAGCCUCCCCUGUCCGCAUGCACAGCAGCCGCCUGCACCAGAUCAAGCAGGAGGAGGGCAUGGACUUGAUCAACCGAGAGACGGUCCAUGAGCGGGAGGUGCAGACCGCAAUGCAGAUAAGCCACUCCUGGGAGGAAAGUUUCAGCCUGAGUGACAACGAUGUGGAGAAAUCCGCCUCCCCGAAGCGCAUCGAUUUCAUUCCUGUGUCACCAGCACCGUCACCCACUCGGGGAAUCGGGAAGCAGUGCUUUUCACCAUCCUUGCAAAGUUUUGUGAGUAGCAAUGGAUUGCCUCCAAGCCCUAUUCCCAGCCCAACGACCCGAUUUACUACUCGGAGAAGCCAGAGUCCCAUCAAUUGCAUUAGACCAAGUGUUCUUGGACCAUUGAAAAGAAAAUGUGAAAUGGAAACUGAGUAUCAGCCAAAGAGAUUUUUCCAAGGCAUCACCAACAUGCUUUCUUCUGACGUUGCACAGCUGUCAGAUCCCGGUGUGUGUGUAUCUUCGGAUACCCUUGAUGGAAACAGCAGCAGUGCCGGAUCUUCUUGUAACUCACCAGCGAAAGUCAGCACUACCACCGACUCUCCUGUGUCACCUGCCCAAGCGGCCUCUCCAUUUAUCCCACUUGAUGAACUAUCGUCUAAGUGAUUCACGCAUCCUGAGACUGUUUUGUUUUGUGUUUUUUCUUGUUGUUUUUGUUUUUGCAAUGGAGAGAGAGAGUAAUCACGUUGGAGCAAGCACUGAACUUUGUCGAUUAAUUUGAGGCUAUUUCCUAUUUGACCCUUUUUCUUUUUUUGGAAUUUCCUGAAAUGUUGUUAUUCUAGAGAACUUUUAUGUCAGGUUCCUGCGAAUACCCUUGAAUACAGUGUAGUAAUAUUUUCAGACGUUUUCACAAUAAGUGUGUUGAAGCAUACAUCUUUACGCUGCUAAUAUGUCUAAAUACAUAUGUUAUCCCUUGAUUUUUUUAAAUAAUUGAGAGCUCUAUUUAUUUAUGGGAUUAUUAAGUUCUGAUGAAAAUAUAAAUGUAGAAUUAAUCAGCAUAGUAAACUGAUGUUUUAAAAGUCCAUACUUUAUGCCCACACUAAUUUUUAAUGUUAUUUUCCAGUGAUUGCUAAUUUCCAUUUGAUGAAGAAUAAUAAUUUACCUAUUUACAGCUUUUUAAAAAAUGUCAGUUGUAACAUAUCAAUCUAGUGGCUGUCUACCCAGGAAUCCUUGAAUAUUUAAUUUUCUGGGUAUGUAAGUGGAUGAUAAAAGAACAAAUUAUAGAAGUUUGCAACAGAUCUUUUAAGUAUAUAAAAGUAAACAUAUUUAAGAAAAACAUUUUUAAUGAAAUUUUAAUAGUAAUUCUAGUAAGUCAUACAAAUAUAACUACUAUACAGAAAAUGAAAAUUUUCUUUUUUUCUUUUCUUGACCAGAAAGUGCAUUCUCUUGGGUAUAAUCCUAAAGCAAAAUGGGACGGUGCCUUGCAGUCUUAGCCCAUUGUACAUAGGCUCAGGCUAGGCUCUUUGUACCAUUGCAAACUUAAAACUUUUUUUAGAUGUAGAAAAUGUGUGGGAAGCCUUAUUGAACUUCAACAGAGCACCCAGGCAGACAAUACUUUCAAUCAUUGGUAUACUUUAAAAUAUUCAAUUGUGCCUCAGUUCUGAAAAUUCUUGCCAACCGGGAGCCAGAGCAAUUUUUGGCUGCUUUUCUGCUCUGCCCAUCUGUCACCUUCUUGGUUUUCCCUUGCUCAGGAAGUAGCUGUUUCCUUGCCAACAGGUCCUUCCUCUCCAUCUCCCACCAAACUAGGGCACCAUCUUUUAGACAAAGGUACAGUGUGACUCGGAUUUCUUAAAGUGAGCAACAAUAGGAUUGUGAAUUGUUUAACCUCUGGGUGAAAGUUACAAGUUGAGUUGACUGCCUUGGUGAUAUUGGUUAAUUAAGGGUCGAUGAUUUGCAAGAGAAAAUCAUUGGAGAGUCACAUAGGUAAAUCAUUAUUUAACUUAGAUUUUGUUAAAGGUAGAAUUGUGAAAUGUUCUUUUUCUUUGCCUUUUACAGUUAAGAAAAUAUUUAAUAAGAAUAGCAAAUGUUUUUUAUAUUAUACUUCUUUAUACCUCAUAAUAUCUUCCUUAACUAGAUAGAUGGGUAAAUAGAUGCAUAGAUAAAUGCAUAGACAAAAAGGGGAGGGGAAAGAAAAUAAAAGACUCAAAGACCAAGAUAAAAGCUCUGACCUACUUUUUAAAGUUAUUGCUUAUAGAGACUUAACGAUUAUGUGAACUUUUUACAACUAUGAGAAUAAAUGGAACUGGUCAACUCUUGAUAGUUGCCUCAAGAUUCAGUGAAAUAACAUUGAGGGUAAGACUGUAUCCACAGGUUUAAAAUUCUUUAUUCUGGGUAAUAGUAUUCCUGUGCUUCAGUCCCAACCUUGUUCCUCAGAUUUAAACCUGUAUAUUCAACUUCCUGUUGGGUAUUUUGACCUGCUUCCAGCGGUUCUUUAACUUCAGCUUCUUCAAAACAAAAUGUAUUAUCUUCUUAAAAAAAAAAAAAAGAAAUGUAUUCUCACUUAAACUGUUCUUGUAUUAAUGAGAUUGAUGUCGUCACUAACUUCCUAAGGUAGAAACUACAGAAACGCCUUUGACUUUGCCUUUUCACUGUCAUAUCCCACUUAAUCACCAAUUCUUGUCAACUGUUACUCUGAAGUAAAUCUCAAAUCUCUGUCUUCUCUAUCACCCAUGAUUUAGCAUAGAGCUCUCAUUCUUACUUUUUGGUCUAAUCUUCACACUGCCUCUAUCCUGAUCUUUCUAAAAUGUAAACUUGAUUUUUUCACUCUCCUCCUUGAAAACCAUAUAUGCUUCCCUAUUUCCUACUAUCUGGGAAAUGGUUUCCUCAGCCUAAGAUAUAUAUAUACAACGUUCUUCAUGAUAUGGCCAUAUUCAAAAAUAGCUUUAAUCCUUUCCUUAUCUCCAUUUCGAUACACAUCCUUCCUUUUUACUCUGCAAACACUAGACUACUUGAUACUCUUUGAACAUGCCGUGUACUUUCACAUGUCCAUGCUUUGGAUAGGUAGUUCCCUCUCCCUAAAAUGCCAUUCCUACCCUUUUUGUCCAGGCAAAUGCUGUUUUCUUUUUAUUGCGUGUGAAUUUAACCAUGAAAGCAAUGCUGUUGAUAAAGUAUUUAAACAAUGUAGAUAUUUAUAUAGUAAAAAAAGAAAGAAAAUCUGCCUCUUUGCAAAAUUCAUCUUUUGUUCCCACGCGUAACUUCUGCUAACAGUUUGGAAUAUAUUUUACAAGAUGUGUUACUCCAUGUUAACAUGUAUGUAUGUAUAUAAAUGCAGAAAACCAA